AUGUCUCAGCUUCCUCCGCCUCCCCCUCCCGGCUGGGGCCCGCCGCCUCCCCCUCCCGACUCGGCGAUGCCCCCUCCGCCUUCACAGCUACCUCCUCCUCCUGGUGCGCCACCACCGCCGCCCCCUCCAGGCUUUCGACCAAGUGCGGACCCCCACACCGCGAAGUUUGAGCAGAAGAAGAAGGAAUGGCUCCGGCUACAACGGAAUCGUUUCGGCGAGAAGCGCAAGGGAGGGUUCGUGGAAACGCAGAAGGCUGAUAUGCCCCCUGAGCAUCUACGAAAGAUCGUCAAGGACAUCGGCGAUGUGUCACAGAAGAAAUACACCGCCGACAAGCGAAGUUACCUCGGAGCUUUGAAGUUCAUGCCACAUGCCGUCAUGAAGCUGUUGGAAAACAUGCCGAUGCCUUGGGAGUCCGCAAGAGAGGUGAAGGUUCUCUACCAUGUGAACGGUUGCUUGACGCUUGUCAAUGAGAUACCCCGUGUGAUCGAACCCGUCUUCGUUGCACAGUGGGGUGCGAUGUGGGUGAUCAUGCGGAAAGAGAAGAGUGACCGGCGGCUGUUCAAGCGGAUGAGAUUUCCCCCAUUUGAUGACGAGGAGCCUCCUUUGUCGUGGUCCGAAAAUCUCGAAGACGUUGAUCCACUGGAGCCAGUCCAGAUGGAACUGGACGAUGAGGAUGAUGAAGCCAUCUUGGAGUGGUUCUACGACCAUAGGCCGCUCGAUGAUACGCCACACGUGAACGGCCCCAGUUACAAAACGUGGAAUCUCACGUUACAGCAGAUGGCCAACUUGUACCGUCUCAGCCGGCCACUCAUAUCAGAUGUCUUCGACAAGAACUACUUCUAUCUCUUCGACCUGAAGAGCUUGUUGUCGGCAAAGGCGCUCAAUGUUGCCCUUCCGGGUGGCCCGCGGUUCGAGCCCCUGUACAAGGAUAUUGAUCCCAACGACGAGGACUUUGGCGAGUUCAAUGCGAUUGAUCGAAUCAUCUUCAGAAACCCCGUUCGCACCGAGGACAGAGUUUCAUAUCCAUACCUGUACAACUCUCUGCCGCGAAGUGUGCAUUUAUCUUGGCAUUCUUACCCCCAGACUGUCUACAGCAGGACGGAUGACCCGAGCUUGCCUGCGUUCUACUUCGACAAGACCAUCAACCCGAUCUCGUCGCGUGAUGUUGCUCCGAAGAACCUCAGCCUCAGCCAUGAGGAUGAGCUGUUUGGCAAAGGUAACAUCGAAGAGGAUGAGGAUGAGGCCUUCACCCUGCCGGCCAGCGUGGAACCUUUCCUUGUUGAUGAGGAACUUUACAACGAUGACACCGCCUCCGCGAUCGAGCUGUGGUGGGCCCCGUUCCCCUUCGACCGUCGUUCUGGUCGCAUGGUUCGUGCGCAAGAUGUCCCACUCAUUAAGCAGUGGUAUCUUGAGCAUUGCCCGCAGAAGCAACCUGUAAAGGUUCGAGUGUCAUACCAAAAGAUGCUGAAGACCUAUGUCCUGAAUGAGCUCCACAAAAAGAAGCCGAAGGCGCUCCAGAGGCAGAACCUCCUUAGGACGCUCAAGGCUACCAAGUUCUUCCAGCAGACAACCAUCGACUGGGUUGAAGCAGGUCUUCAGGUCUGCCGACAAGGUUUCAACAUGCUCAACCUUCUCAUCCACCGCAAGAACCUCACAUAUCUUCAUUUGGACUACAACUUCAACCUCAAGCCUGUCAAGACCCUCACGACGAAGGAGCGGAAGAAGUCUCGUUUUGGCAAUGCAUUCCAUCUCAUGCGUGAGAUUCUGCGUCUUACUAAACUUAUUGUCGAUGCUCAAGUGCAGUACCGUUUGGGUAACAUCGAUGCGUUCCAGCUCGCUGACGGUAUCCUUUACGCCUUCAAUCACGUUGGUCAGCUCACGGGAAUGUACCGCUACAAGUACAAGUUGAUGCAUCAAAUCCGAACCUGCAAAGAUUUGAAGCAUUUGAUCUACUACCGCUUCAAUGCCGGCCCCGUCGGAAAGGGGCCUGGUUGUGGUUUCUGGGCCCCUGCUUGGAGAGUCUGGCUCUUCUUCAUGCGUGGCAUCAUUCCUCUGCUCGAGCGCUGGCUAGGCAACCUGCUUUCGCGUCAGUUUGAGGGUCGCCACUCCAAGGGUGUCGCCAAGACAGUGACGAAGCAGCGUGUUGAGUCUCACUUCGACUUGGAGCUCCGAGCGUCCGUCAUGGCUGACCUCAUGGACAUGAUGCCUGAGGGUAUCAAGCAGAAUAAGGUGAACACGGUGCUGCAACAUCUUUCUGAAGCAUGGAGGUGCUGGAAGAGCAACAUCCCGUGGAAGGUCCCUGGCUUACCUGCCGCCAUUGAGAAUAUCAUCUUGCGCUACGUCAAGUCAAAGGCGGACUGGUGGAUUUCAGUUGCGCAUUACAAUCGUGAGCGAAUCAGGAGAGGUGCUACGGUCGACAAGACGGUAGCCAAGAAGAACGUUGGCCGUCUCACGCGUCUCUGGCUCAAGGCGGAGCAAGAACGUCAGCAUAACCAUAUGAAGGACGGCCCUUACGUCUCUUCUGAAGAAGCUGUGGCGAUUUACACAACCAUGGUGCACUGGUUGGAAUCUCGCAAGUUCUCUCCCAUACCUUUCCCCAGUGUUUCCUAUAAGCAUGACACCAAGAUCCUGAUUUUGGCUCUCGAACGACUACGCGAGGCAUACUCAACCAAGGGCCGUCUCAACCAGAGUCAGCGUGAGGAGCUGGCCCUCAUUGAGCAGGCAUAUGAUAGCCCUGGCACGACUUUGGAACGCAUCAAGCGGUUCUUGCUUACUCAAAGAGCUUUCAAGGAGGUCGGCAUCGACAUGAACGACAAUUACAGCACGAUCAAUCCCGUCUACGAUAUCGAGCCCAUCGAGAAGAUCAGUGAUGCGUAUUUGGACCAAUACCUCUGGUACCAGGCCGAUCAGCGGCAUUUGUUCCCCGCGUGGAUCAAGCCAUCAGAUUCAGAAGUCCCGCCCCUUCUGACUUAUAAGUGGGCUCAAGGCAUCAACAACCUGCAAAGUGUCUGGGUCACCGAGGAUGGCGAAUGCAACGUCAUGAUCGAGACGCAACUGUCAAAGAUCUAUGAGAAGAUUGAGCUGACUCUUCUAAACUCUCUGCUUCGGCUGAUCAUGGACCACAACCUGGCAGACUACAUCACCGCAAAGAACAACGUCACGCUGACCUACAAGGACAUGAACCACGUCAACAGCUACGGCAUGAUUCGUGGUCUUCAGUUCUCCGCGUUUGUCUUCCAAUACUACGGCCUGGUCCUCGAUCUUUUACUCUUGGGGCCUCAGCGAGCGACCGAGAUUGCUGGUCCUCCUCAAAAGCCCAACGACUUCCUCCAGUUCAGUGAUCGCGAGACUGAGACAAAGCACCCCAUUCGUCUUUAUACCCGCUACAUUGACAAGAUCUGGAUGUUCUUGAGAUUCACAGCGGACGAAUCGAGGGAUUUGAUCCAGAGAUUCUUGACCGAGCAGCCUGAUCCCAAUUUUGAGAAUGUCAUCGGCUACAAGAGCAAAAAGUGCUGGCCUAAAGACUCGCGUAUGAGACUCAUGCGGCACGACGUUAACCUUGGGCGAGCAGUUUUCUGGGAUCUGAAGAACCGGCUGCCGCGCUCUAUCACGACCAUUGAAUGGGAUGACACAUUUGCCAGUGUCUACAGCCGAGACAAUCCCAAUUUGCUCUUCUCGAUGUCUGGAUUCGAGGUUCGCAUCUUGCCAAAGAUUCGGAAUCAGAACGAAGAAUUCCCGGUCAAGGACAGUGUCUGGUCUCUGGUCGAUAAUGAAAGCAAAGAGAGAACAGCGCACGCCUUCUUGCAGGUGACUGAGGAAGAUGUUCAGAAGUUCAACAACCGUAUCAGGCAGAUUCUUAUGUCGUCUGGAUCGACAACGUUCACCAAGAUUGCCAACAAGUGGAACACCGCGCUUAUUGCCCUUUUCACUUAUUAUCGCGAGGCAGCGGUGUCGACAAUUACCCUUCUCGACACCAUUGUCAAGUGCGAGACCAAGAUCCAGACCCGUGUGAAGAUUGGUCUCAACUCGAAGAUGCCAUCGCGAUUUCCACCAGCUGUCUUCUAUACACCGAAGGAACUUGGAGGUCUAGGUAUGAUUUCAGGAUCACAUAUCCUGAUUCCAGCGAGCGACAAGCGGUGGUCGAAGCAGACUGACACUGGCGUGACGCACUACCGCGCUGGUAUGACACAUGACGAAGAGACUCUGAUUCCAAAUAUCUUCCGAUACAUCAUUCCGUGGGAGUCAGAGUUCAUCGACUCGCAGCGGGUAUGGACUGAGUAUUCUCAGAAGCGACUCGAAGCGAAUCAGCAGAAUCGCCGCCUGACCUUGGAGGAUCUAGAGGACUCUUGGGAUCGAGGACUACCCAGAAUCAACACGCUUUUCCAGAAGGAUCGAAGCACCCUCAGUUUCGACAAGGGAUUCCGUGCAAGAGCAGAAUUCAAAAUCUAUCAACAGAUGAAGAGUAAUCCGUUCUGGUGGACCUCCCAAAGGCAUGAUGGAAAGCUUUGGAAUCUGAACGCGUACCGCACAGACGUGAUCCAGGCUCUGGGCGGUGUCGAGACCAUUUUGGAGCACACACUCUUCAAGGCAACAGGAUUCCCCUCUUGGGAGGGUCUCUUUUGGGAGAAGGCUUCAGGCUUCGAAGAAAGUAUGAAAUUCAAGAAAUUGACGAACGCCCAGCGGUCCGGUCUUAACCAGAUUCCGAAUCGUCGGUUUACCUUGUGGUGGUCACCUACCAUUAACAGGGCAAACGUCUAUGUUGGUUUCCAAGUGCAACUCGAUUUGACCGGCAUCUUCCUCCACGGUAAAAUCCCGACGCUCAAGAUCUCCUUGAUCCAGAUCUUCCGAGCCCAUCUGUGGCAGAAGAUUCAUGAGAGUGUCGUUAUGGACUUGGAGCUCGAGUCACUGUCCAUUGAAUCGGUUCAGAAAGAGACGAUCCACCCUCGAAAGUCGUACAAGAUGAACAGUUCUUGCGCUGAUAUCCAGCUUUUUGCGAGUCACAAAUGGAACGUGACCCGGCCUUCAAUGCUGUUCGACACCAAAGAUGUCAUUGAGCCACACACGACGAACAAGUUCUGGGUUGAUGUCCAACUGAGAUACGGCGACUACGACUCCCACGACAUUGAGCGAUAUGUCCGUGCCAAAUACCUCGACUACACAACGGACAGCAUGAGUCUAUACCCUUCUGCAACUGGCCUUAUGAUCGGGAUAGAUUUAGCAUAUAACCUGUACUCCGCGUACGGCCACUACUUCCCGGGUCUGAAGAUGCUCAUUCAACAAGCCAUGGCCAAGAUCAUGAAGGCGAACCCUGCCCUUUAUGUUCUCCGUGAGCGUAUUCGGAAGGGUCUUCAGCUGUACGCUUCUGAGAGCAAUCAGGAGUUCCUGAACUCGCAGAACUACUCCGAGCUGUUCAGCAACCAGACCCAGCUGUUCAUUGACGAUACCAACGUGUAUCGUGUUACCAUCCACAAGACCUUUGAAGGCAACUUAACGACCAAGCCGAUCAACGGAGCCAUCUUUAUUUUCAACCCGAGGACCGGGCAAUUGUUCUUGAAGAUCAUCCACACGAGCGUCUGGGCUGGACAGAAGCGUCUGGGCCAAUUGGCGAAAUGGAAGACAGCUGAAGAAGUUGCUGCUCUUAUCCGAUCGCUGCCGGUAGAAGAGCAGCCGAAACAGCUCAUCGUCACUCGCAAAGGCCUUCUUGAUCCUCUGGAAGUGAAUCUACUCGACUUCCCCAACAUUUCCAUUCGGGCGUCUGAAUUGCAAUUGCCGUUCCAGGCUGCGAUGAAGGUCGAAAAGCUGGGCGACAUGAUCCUCAGAGCGACGGAACCCCAGAUGGUGCUGUUUAACCUCUACGAUGAGUGGCUCAAGAGCAUCUCGUCUUAUACCGCCUUCUCACGUCUGAUCCUGAUCCUGCGUGCUCUGCAUGUCAAUAUGGACAAGACAAAGCUUGUCUUGCGUCCUGACAAGACAGUCGUUACACAGGAGCAUCACAUCUGGCCAACUCUGUCCGACGAGGACUGGAUCAAGGUCGAGACGCAACUCAGAGACCUGAUCUUGAACGACUACGGAAAGAAGAACAAUGUCAAUGUCUCCAGCUUGACAAGCAGUGAGGUUCGUGACAUUAUCCUUGGUAUGGAGAUUUCUGCUCCAUCACUGCAGAGACAGCAAGCUGCGGAAAUCGAGAAGCAGCAACAGGAGCAACAACAACUUACUGCUGUCACUACGAAGACGCAAAAUGUCCACGGGGAGGAGAUCAUUGUCACGACGACGUCUCAGUUCGAGCAGCAAACAUUCGCAUCCAAGACCGAAUGGCGCACACGAGCCAUUGCAAGCUCCAACCUGCGUACUCGCUCCAAUAACAUCUACGUCUCUCCCGUGGACAAUGAUGCAGAGGAGAUCACGUACGUCAUGCCGAACAAUAUCCUCAAGCGAUUCAUCCAGAUUGCGGAUCUGCGUGUUCAGGUGGCUGGGUAUUUAUACGGGUCUUCACCACCCAAGUACGACCAGGUGAAGGAAAUCAAGUGUAUCGUCUUGGUUCCUCAGAUUGGUGGCCUGCGGAACGUUCAACUGCCUCAGCAGCUUCCUCAGCACGAGCUGUUGAAGGACUUGGAACCCCUCGGCUUGAUCCAUACCAUGUCAGGCAACGAGUUGCCCUACAUGUCUGCAGCAGAUGUCACAGAACACGCUAAGCUGCUUGACGCUCACAGCGAAUGGCACGAGAACAAGACGCUUACGGUGUCAGUAUCCUUCACGCCGGGCAGUGUGUCUCUGUCCGCAUGGGCACUGAGUCCCCAAGGCUACAAGUGGGGUGUGGAUAACAAGGACCUGCAAAGCGACCAGCCGCAGGGCUUCACCACGACGAUGGGCGAGAAGCGCAAGCUGCUGCUGAGCCCGCGAUACCGAGGUUUCUUCCUGGUUCCCGAGACCAGUCAGUGGAACUACAGCUUCAUGGGCUCGGCGUUCUCCGGCCUAGAGAAGAAACCUGUCCGUGUCAAGCUCGAUACCCCGCUGCCGUUCUACAGCGAUGCGCACCGGCCAGUCCACUUCCAGAGCUUUGCUGAGCUGGAGGACAUCGGGGUGGACAGGAGCGACAACUUUGCCUAA